GGGCCCAGUGAAGGUUCCUUGAAGAUGGCGGAUUUCUCGCAUAACGCCUGACUAACGAGGUUCUCUUGGCCGGUGCUGAGCACCCGGGUUCUCCACACCGACCGCCUCCGUCUUAUGUUCCGUUCUCGCCGCUCUCUCUCCGCGCGGCAACUUUGGAGACGUCGCUGCGCCACGCCAGGCCGGGGUCAGGGGGAAGGGGCGCCCCCCACCCCCGAGGAGCCCCACCAUGCCCUCCGGCCCGCCGCCCUACAACUCUUCAAAAAGCUGAAGGACGAGCAGCUGUGGCGGUUGGCGGAAGCGGUUGAGAGCAAAGGGCGCUGGGACUGCGGCUGCGUCUGGUUCCCGCCGGAGGGGAGGCCGUCCAAGCAAGCCUCAGCGGCGCCCUCCGUCCUCCUCUGUAAGCUCUACCGCUGGCCCGACCUGCGGGGCGCCCCCGAGCUGAAGAGGCUCCUCCACUGCGAGAAUUACUGGAGGCGGGGCGGGGAGGGGACCGCCGUCUGCUGCAAUCCCUACCACUUCACCCGGCUGGCAGCACCAGAAUCAUCUGAUGCCUCAUCCUACAAGACCAGAGAGACCGUCCAAUCCGCACUGUCCAAUCCCCUCCACUCCAUCACCAACCAGGAGACCACCUACUGCAACGUCCGCGGGAUACAUGACACGACGCUCUCUCGCGGGUCGCACAAAGAUGGCCACUGGUGUAAACUGGCGUACUGGGAGCACCGGACUCGCGUCGGGCGCCUCUACAGCGUCACGGAACCUUCCAUCCAGAUUUUCCACGACCUUCCCAAAGGCAGCGGCUUCUGCCUGGGCUUCCUGGGCUCCGAGGCCCGCAGCGAGAUGGUGAGGCGCACGAGGAAGAAGAUCGGCCAGGGCUUGAUCCUGAGCCACGAGCAGGGGGAGGUGUGGGUGUACAACCGCAGCGAGCACCCCGUCUUCAUCAACUCACCCACCCUGGCCCCGGUGAACGCCCGCGGGCAGUCCGUACACAAGCUGCCACCCGGAUAUUCCAUCAAAGUCUUUGACUCUCAGCAAGCGGAAAGAAUCUCGAGGUGCUCCGCGCUGGGGGAGGGGCCCUCAGACCUCCAUAGUGUCCGGAUCAGCUUUGCCAAGGGCUGGGGGGGCUGCUACUCCCGCCAGUUCAUCACGUCUUGUCCUUGUUGGCUGGAGAUUCUUCUCAGCACCCCAAAAUGAGGCGCCGGAGCUGGGGGGAGGGGGGUGGGGGCACCAGAGGGGCUGAGGUCCUUCAGUCCUCAAUCUGCACCUCGAUAUCCCCCUAAAGUUCCUCUAUGGUGACUUUCUAAUCUGCCUCUCGCUGACCGGCUCGCCACCCAUGGGCUCCAUCAACCCUUGGCCACAUACUGCGCCAUUCUGGAAGAUUUCAGCCCUACAUGACCUCCAUCACCUAUGUUGUACCUUCCAGAUGGAACUGGCUCCACCCUCCCAGUCCUACAUGACCUCCAUCACCUAUGUUGUACCUUCCAGAUGGAACUGGCUCCACCAUUCCAGCCCUACAUGACCUCCAUCACCUCCGUUGUAUCUUCCAGAUGGAACUAGAUCCACCCUCCCAGCCCUACAUGACCUCCAUCACCUCCGUUGACCUCCAUCACCUCUGUUGUACCUUCCAGAUGGAACUGAAUCCACCAUUCCAGCCCUACAUGACCUCCAUCACCUCUGUUGUACCUUCCAGAUGGAACUGGCUCCACCAUUCCAGUCCUACAUGACCUCCAUCACCUCUGUUGUACCUUCCAGAUGGAACUGGCUCCACCAUUCCAGCCCUACAUGACCUCCAUCACCUAUGUUGUACCUUCCAGAUGGAACUGGCUCCACCAUUCCAGCCCUACGUGACCUCAAUCACCUAUGUUGAACUUCAAUACCUUUGUUGAACCUUCCAGAUGCAAUCACCCCAACCAUUCCAGCCCUACAUGACCUCCAUCACUUCUCUUGUACCUUCCAGUUGGAACUGGAUCCACCACCCCAAUCCUACAUGACCUCAAUCACUUCUCUUGUACCUUCCAGUUGGAACUGGCUCCACCACCCCAAUCCUACAUGACCUCCAUCACCUCCGUUGAACUUCAAUACCUUUGUUGAACCUUUGAGAUGCAAUUAUCUCCACCAUCCCAGUCCUACACGACCUCUAUUAACUCUAUUAUACAUUCCAGAUGGAACUGGCUCCACCAUCCCAGUCCUACAUGAUCUCCAGCACCCCUGCUUCCAGCUCGCCAUAGCAUCCUCAGGAAUAUUAUGGAGACAGUUCCUUAUCUAAUAACUCGAGAGACUCCUACGGCUUGGAAAUAUCUGGACUCUAUCACACUCAUCCGCCUGGAUCUUGCCUGUGAGAUGAUGAGAUUGGCCUCCAUCUGUCUGGCAGAACCUUCUCCAACGUCUGGGAAUCUUCUGGAUCCCAAGAAAAUAUGAAGUGUAUAUCUCUAUCAUCUGUGGGAUGUCUCUGAUGUCCUGUGCCUCUUCCUGAUCUGGGAUCUCUUACAAUACACCAUAAAGUCUCACUGAUUUCAGCUCCAUCACCUCUGUUGUACCUCCAAGAUAGAGGCCGGUCAUCCAACCCAACCCUAUGUGAGCUCCAUCACUUCUGUUGUACCUCCAAGAAGAAGCCUGGUCAUAAAAAAAACAACCCUACGUGAGAUCCAUCACCUCUGUUGUGCCUUAAACAUGGAGCCAAAUCCACCAUCACGACCCUACAUAACAUCCAUCACCACUGUUUUGCCUUUCCCAUGUCACCAAUUCUACCAUCCCAACUCUGUAUGACCUCCAUCACCUCUGUUCUGUCUUUUCCAUGGAGCCAACUCUACCAACGUAACUCUACAGGACUUCUAUCAUCUCUCUUGUGCCUGUCUCAUAGGGCCAUCUCCACCAUCAUAAUCCUACAUGACCUCCAUCGCCCCAUGGAGCCAACUCUACCAACCCAAUCUUACUUGACCUCCUCCAUCACCUCUGUUCUGUCUUUUUCAUGGAGCCAACUUCACCAUCCCAACCCUACAUAACAUCCAUCACCACUGUUUUGCCUUUCCCGUGGCACCAGUUCUACCAUCCCAACUCUGUAUGACCUCCAUCGCCUGUGUUGUGCCAUUCACAUGGAGUCAACUUCAGUUGGAUCCCCAUGACCUCUGUUGCCCCUUCCAGGUGGAACUGGCUCCACCAUCCCAGUCCUACAUGACCUCCAUCACCUCUGUUGACCCUUCCAGGUGGAACUGACUCCACCAUCCCAGUCCUACAUGACCUCCAUCACCUCUGUUGACCCUUCCAGGUGGAACUGGCUCCACCAUCCCAGUCCUACAUGACCUCCAUCAUCUCUGUUGACCCUUCUAGGUGGAACUGGCUCCACCAUCCCAGUCUUCCAUGACCUCCAUCACCUCUGUUGACCCUUCUAGGUGGAACUGGCUCCACCAUCCCAGUCUUCCAUGACCUCCAUCACCUCUGUUGAACUCUAUCACCUUUGUUGAACCUUCCAGAUGCAAUUACCUUCACCAUCCCAGUCCUACAUGACCUCUAUUAACUCUAUUAAACCUUCCAGGUGGAACUGGCUCCACCAUCCCAGUCUUUUGACCUCCAUCACCCCCCCCCCCCCCGUUGAACUUCAUCGCCUUUGUUGAACCUUCCAGGUGUAAUUACCUCUACUCAUGGAGUCAAUUUCACCAUCCCAUCCCGUGGGGGGGUCAGGGAGGUGGUAUUACGGAGUCAUAGACAUACAGGGGGGGUCCAUCUCCAUUCACUGAGACCCACCUAGAAAGACCACCAAGAUUCUGAUACACGUCCUUCUGAUGAAGGGACCCCCAGUCACAGAUUUCUUCCCCCCAAAAAAAGUAAAAACUGGAAAACUCAAGAAAAGUCUCCUUUCCCAUUCCCUGCAGAUGAAGGGCGGCCCCUGAUCUGGAGGGGAGUCGCUUUUCAGAGGAACUGUGAUCGAAUAAAAGUCUUUACGGAUUGGCCGGUUGUGUGAAAAGAGAUUUGGGGAAGUUUGGGGAGACGGAGGAAAGAAGUGACUCCGGACAUCCGGGUGAAGCUCCGGGAUGAUUGGAGAUUCAGCUUCUCUCCGCUGGGAAUUUCCAUGGUGGAGCUCUGCUGCCAUCUGCUGGGCAUUCGUGUAACAACAUCACCCAGAUACAGAAGUUGGAGCUUCAUUGGAUUUUUAUAUACUAAGUCAGGGGUCUUCAAAUUACGGCCCUCCAGUUGUUCAGGAACUACAAUUCCCAUCAUGCCUGGUCAUGUCUGUGAAUGUCAGGGA